CACUUAUGACAUUAACAACUUCAUUUCCAUCCUUAAGACCUCCACCAUGUACAAACAAGUUCCCAUGCGAGUCUCCAUCAAAGCUUCAAUAUGGAGUUCUAUACACCAUUUUAGGGUUGGCUUGCAUUGGAAUCGGAGGCACACGUUACACCCUUGCUAGCAUGGGAGCUGAUCAAUUUGAGGACUCUAAUAGUGUAGGAAUCUAUUUCAAUUGGUACUUUUUUGUGUUUUAUGCUGCUACUGUGUUAAGCACCACUCUCAUAAUCUAUGUUCAAGAUAACGUGAGUUGGGCAGUAGGGUUUGGGAUAUGUGUCGUUUGCAACACAGUUGGUGUGAUCUUAUUCUUGUCCGGUAAAAACUUUUACCGAAAAACCAAGCCUAAAGGAAGCCCUUUUACUAGCAUUGCUCGAGUUAUCAUUGCAGCAGUUAGAAAAAGGAAGGUUUCAUCAACAAACCAAGAGCAUAAUUAUGAUAUCAAUGACAAAUCUACCAUAGUCCCAUCAGAUAGUUUCAGGUUCUUAAAUAAUGGGGCACUAAAGAUCGAAUCUGAUGGUUCAAACACAAGAUCAUGGAGUUUAAGUACUGUCCAAGAAGUGGAAGACUUGAAAACCUUAAUUAGAAUUAUGCCAUUGUGGUCUUCUAGUGUUAUGUUGAGUGGCCUGGUUGGCAUGUUUAACAACUUCACCAUCCUCCAAGCUCUGUCCAUGGAUAGAUACCUUGGUGGUUCCAAAUUCCAAAUCCCUGCUUCUUCUUUCUUAUCUUUAGACACUUUAGCUACAAGCAUUACAAUUUGCCUCCUUGAUCGCUUGAUUUUUCCCAUGUGGCUAAAACUAACCGGUUGGUCUAUAACAUCCCUUCAACGAAUAGGGUUCGGCCAUGUACUCAAUGUUGUAGGUUUGGUGGCAGCUGCCCUAGUUGAGGUCCGAAGGCUACAUACGGCUAGAGACCACAAUCUGAUUGGGUUAAGCAUCGAUACAACUACUAUUGUGCCCAUUUCUGCAUUAUGGCUUCUGGUUCCUUUAAUAAUUAUGGGAAUAAGCCAGGCAUUUUUUUUUCCGGGACAAAUCUCUUUAUACUAUCAAGAAUUCCCAACAUCUUUGCGUAGUACGUCCACGGCUAUGAUAUCAUUGUUGGUUGCGGUGGGAUUUUACUUGAGUACAGCGAUUACAGGUUUGAUUCAGAACAACACCUCGUGGUUGAAGGAUGACCUUAACAAUGGUAGGCUGGAUAUAGUUUAUUGGCUGUUAGCAGCAGUCGGUGUGGUGAAUUUUGGGUAUUUUCUUGUUUGUGCUAAGAUGUUUCGGCAUAAAUUGGACAUAUAAGA